AUGCUCGCAUCCGCUUUGCAUAGCGCAUCCCCAAUCCGCGCGGACUAUCUUCUGCAGAUGUGUCCAACGGCCGUUGUGGAUCUUCAUUGUGACCUUGUAGGCACCCUUCCCAUCCUCAUCUUACCUGCCCCCAUUCUCCCUCCGUUACAAACAACGUGCAUACAAAAACUAACUCACAUCUACAGCGGCCUCCUUAACCUCCUCAGAGUAGCAACAACCCACCUACCAACCCUCCUCCCAGACCUAGAACUAAUAACCUUCUCCCGCAAACCAUCCCCCUUCUCAACAUGGUCCACCCACGGCGUCAUCCCAGUCCGCUGCCACUCUCACAACGACUACUGGCGCCACGUGCCUCUCCACUCGGCUCUAUCAGCCGGGUGUAUCAGCGUCGAGGCUGAUGUGUGGCCAUGGCGCGAUCAGAUCCUUGUCGGUCAUUCACGGUUUACUGUGUUGAGGGGGACGUUGGAGAGACUUUAUCUGGAGCCUUUGGUUGAGAUGCUUGAUUUGCAUAAUCGGGAGAAGGUGGAAUGGGUUGCCAUUGGGAGUGGGGGUGAGAUUGGGGACGGUGACGGUGAUGAUAUCGUGGGCGUCUUCGCAAAUGAUCCCAAACAAACCCUCGUCUUACUCAUCGAUUUCAAAUCCGACGGCGAGUUACUCUGGUCUCUUCUUUCUGAUGCGCUUACUCCACUUCGGGAUCGGGGGUAUCUGACUCAUUUCAAUGGGAGUGGCGUUGUCACGCGCCCUGUUACAAUCGUUACGAAUGGGGAUAUUUCUUUUUCGAGUCUUGUGCGGAAUACAACGUAUCGUGAUAUCUUCUAUGAUGCACCACUGGAUAACCUCGCCCAAUUCCCAGUCAAUGAUACCACGACGACAAUCACAGAUCAAGUCUCAAAUGACUCAAAUGGACAGCUCACGGAAUCCCCAUUCAACCCAAAUAACAGUUACUACGCCUCCGUCGACUUCCGCAAGGCAAUCGGCCCUCUCCAGCUCGGCCGAUUAUCAGAGACCCAACUCGAGACUCUCCGGGAUCAAGUGCACGCUGCCCAUGAACUGGGAUUGAAAGUGCGGUAUUGGGGAAAUCCGAGUUGGCCGAUUGGACUCCGGAAUAGUGUUUGGAACGUGCUUGUGCAUGAGGGUGUGGAUGUGAUUAAUACGGAUGAUUUGAGGGGGGUGACUAGGCAGGUGUGGAGGGACAGUUCUUGGUGGUGGUAG